ACAUCACAACCAGGCAGUGCAAUCCGUACACGAGCUCGGUUAUCAAAAACUCGGUAUAAAAGUGCUCGGUAUAUCAUGCAAGCUUUCAAACAUGGCUUCUAACAAACAAGAAACAGAAUCAUCGGAUGUUAAGGUGCCCUUCAAACGAAAGCAGGUUCGUUUAGCAAUAAAGGCAUUACUGUCACAUUUAUCUCAAAAAUCUGAUGACCAGAAAAAAAAAGAUGAACUGUUUGAAAAUGAUGAGCAUGUUUGGCUUAUACUUAGUGUCAAUAAAAUUCCAAUCAUAAAAAAAAAGCCAAAGAAAAUUCCUUUACCCCACAGUUUUAAUGGUUGCAAUGAUGUUUGCUUGAUAACUAAAGAGCCUGGGAAAGUCGUAAAAGCAGCCCUUAGAGAAAAAGGAGUUGUCUCAAUUAAAAAGGUUAUAAGUCUAACAAAGUUGCGCAAAGAGUAUAAGACAUUUCAACUCAAGCGUCAAUUGUUAUCUUUAUUUGAUGUAUUUCUCUGCGAUGACCGCAUUUACCCGUUGGUUUUAAAGACGCUAGGAAAAGUAUUCUUUAAAAGAAAAAGAGAACCAAUUCCCGUCAAUUUGACUUACCCAAACGUCAACGUGGAAAUACAAAAAUCGCUUUCGUGUACUUUGUUAAGAAUGGGCCAUGGGCCAAGCAGUGCAAUUAAAAUUGGUAGUGUGAAAUUGCAAAAUGAAAAAGAACUUCUUGCCAAUGCCAUACACGCAAUGAAAAUUAUUCCAAAUAAAGUUCCUGGUGGAUGGAAAAACAUAAAAUGUUUCUACUUAAAAACUGCAUUAUCUAUAGCUUUACCUUUAUACCAAUCUUUACAAUUUAAGCCUAAGCGUCCUUCAGUAAAAAGUUCAUCAAAAGAAUCUUCGGAUGACAAAUCAACAAAUAUGGUUGAUAAAGAAGAAAAAGAAGAAGAACCUAAAAAGAAAAACGUUAAAAGAAAAAAGGAGGAAAAAACUAAACAAAAAAGCAAUAAAAUUAAAAGAAAACUAUCCAUCAAGUAGUUUGAUUCUGAUGUUAUUGAAAUGCAUGUGAUGAAUAUUGAAAUGAUGUGCAUGAAAUAUAAAUGUCUUGCAACUA